UGGCCGUGUUGUGAAUACGGAAGUGACUCAGUGUUUGUGUGAAUCAGGGUAGCUUGAGUGGAUCUAAACGGAACAAAAAUGCGCUAAUUGUUGUAUAUUCUCAUAAUAACAUUAAAAAAAACACAUCUUAAAGGCGUUUUAGUAUGGAGGCGCAAGAUGGUGCGCGAGUCCUAAAUGAAGACGGCCCUCCUCAGAACCAGGAUCUGAGUUUUCUGCUGCAAUCUGUGACAUCUUUCCUGUCUGAGUAUGGCUGGUAUGCGGCAUUCACGUGUGUGGGAGUGUAUAUGCUCCUUCAGCAUCUCCGCAAGAACAGAUCCACAGACAGCCAGAGCUCGCCCGUUUCCACCAGCAGCCAAGACCCGGACUCCGUGGUGAGGCGUCAGGCGGCUCUGGAGGUGUCCCGCAGGAGAAUGCAGGAGGAGCAGGACGCCCGAGCGGCAGAGUUCAGAGACAGGCAGCAGAGGCUGGAGGAGGACAAGAGAAGACAGAAAAUCGAGAUGUGGGAAAGCAUGAAGGAGGGAAAGAGUUACAAGGGAAAGGCACAAGUUGCACAACAGAGCACAGAAGAAGCCACUUCCUCCAGCUCACUGAGACCAAAGACAGACAAAAAGCCCCUCCGCAACAGUGGAUACAGUCCUCUGUCUGGAGACGGAGGAGGAACGUGCUCCUGGAGACCUGGCAGGAGAGGCCCUUCUGCGGGUGGAUGAGGUUAAAGUGUGGUCAGACUGACCUCUGACCCUUUGACCCUCCAUAGGAACACACAAAUAUUAUCUGAAUGAAGCUAUCAUCUCAUCACAGGACAAUAGCAAAUAUGGUUAUAUUACAUAAGGAUCUUCGUGCACACUUUAAUUUUUUUCUGGUGACAGGCUAAUCGACAUAAGUGUUGUCCUCUUACACACACUCAUGUCAAUCCAAUCCUGUUCUUUUAACUUGUGUGUCUUAAACGCUUUCAUGCACAUUAUGAUUAAGAGGCUAUUGCCUGUUUGUAUGAUUGACAGCUUCUAAUGACGCCUCCUCAUCAAAGGUAUUAAUACUUCUGGGGCGGGCUGAUGAUUUUCAGUAAUAAUCGUGUUCCUGUUUUUAGUUUUUUGCACUUAUGAAGGCUGUGCUAAAUAAACACCUAGAGAGAGUAAAUACAAAUGCAAAGUGCUAUGUUUAUAUCAUUGAAAUGUUUGUAUUCUAUUGUAAAAGCAGGUGGUUAGUGAUGUAUAAUAGCAGCCUGCUGUAUGUGGUGUGAGGUCUCUGCUGUUUUCUAGAGCAUUUCAUUAGGAAUGAUGUGUCAAAGGCAUUGUAUUGUUCUCGCUUUAUAGUUUCUCAGAAUAAAAUUGCAUACUUGCUCAA